AUGCCAUGCCAUGCCAUGCUGUGCCAGGGCAGCCUGGGGCUCUGGGGAGACGGCGCAGCGAGCCCAGCGAAUCACGGCGCGUUGCUGCGGGGCCCCACUGAUCUCGAUAUCGGAAGGCCGACCGAUGUUGAGCGAGACAGGCUUGGCGGGGUCGAGGGUCCACCACACAGAACGUCGAAAACCCGCGGGAAGGGGCGGAAGGCUUGGGAAUGGCGGGCCGCGAGGCGGUUCGCCGGCGCCAUGCUUUCAGGCGAUGCGGAGUCGUGGUUCCGACAAGGCCCCCACUGCGGGCUGCCACGGCCAAUUGGGGCCAGUAGGGCAUUUCCUGCUGGCCCAGAAAACCAAAUUGCCUUGCAACUUGCGCAUGGCCUGCGGGUGUGCGUCCCUUGCGCCCAGCGCCCAGCAGCCCAGAUGCCCCGAUUGCUUGCAUCCACCAAAUGUCGAGAGUAUUGCAACGCAUCUCCAACAACGAAGCACGGCCCGCAGCACCCAAGCCUCCGCCAGCCGUCUGGCCCUGUGCAUGGUGUUUUCGACGGCCCGCCAGUUGCUGGCUUCUGCACUGCUUCUGGGCAUGCUGGUCCGCCGGGAUUCCUGGGUCCACGUCUGCAUGGCAUUGGUCUGGGUCCACGUCUGCAUGGCAUUGGUCUGGACUCUAGGUUCGCUCGCCGGGACCGAAGCACGAUGUCGCUCGCCACCCAGCCUAGCCCAGCCCGAGACGAGACAAAAGUCCGCGCGCCGGCCAAGCGGGCUGGGUCGAAGACAUGCGACAGGGGACGCAUCGGGCGGCCGGAAAUGUAUGCUCGGAAGGAGUCCUGGUUGGCGCUGGUCGGCGACAAGGCCCUCGAGUGCGCGUUGGCGAGAAUGCUGAAGCUUCGGCCGCAGGCCUAG